AUGGUAUCAGAUUUCAUUUACAGGUAUGGAAGGCAGGUUUCAGCUGAUGACUUGAAUGAACUUUAUGGAGGUUCCCAGGCUAACGGUCUGGGUCAUGAGGUUAAAAUGAGAAUUUUGAUGGGAACUUAUGCUUUAUCUGCUGGAUACUAUGAUGCAUACUACAAACGAGCACAACAGGUUAAUGUUAAUUUGGCUGGUCUCCCUGCAUUGGUUGUGCCUUGUGGAUUUGUUGAGGGUGGAUUUGCUGGGCUCCCAGUUGGACUUCAGAUGAUUGGAUCCCCCUUCAGUGAGGGGAAUUUGCUGAGAGUAGGGCAUAUCUUCGAGCAAACGCUCCAGAACUACAGUUUUGUCCCACCAUUGUUGACAGAGAGCUAG